AUGGGAAAUGGAAUGAACAAGGUCCUGCCCGGGUUGUACGUCGGCAACUACAGAGACUCCAAGGAUCCAGUGCAGCUAGACAAAUACAAGAUUACACACAUUUUAUCUAUACACGACGCUGCCAGGAGACUGCAUUCUGACAAACACUACCUCUGCAUAAUGGCGUCCGACUCCCCAGACCAGAACCUCACGCAAUAUUUCAGUUUGUGCAACGAUUUCAUACAUGCGGCUCGUCUUAGAGAUGGAAAUGUACUCAUCCAUUGUCUGGCGGGAAUGUCUCGCAGUGUCACCGUCGCCGUCGCAUACAUUAUGUCCGUGACACCCCUUACAUGGCGCGAGGCACUAAAAGUAGUGCGGGCGGGACGUGCUGUUGCCAACCCUAACCUUGGCUUUCAGCGCCAACUGCAGGAUUUUGAAACUUAUAAAUUAGUUGAGGAGCGAAGGCGUUUAAAAGAGAGAUAUCCGUCGUUGGCAUUGGCGGACAGAGAUUUGGCGGAAUGUCGUGUGAUGCUGGACUCUUACCAAGUCAUGCUCAGGCAGAAGACAAUAUGCGAGGGCAAGUGCGCAAUGGGGCGGCAGUGUCCCACCGGCGUGUGCAGGACCGGCUCGAAGCGGCAACCGCGACCACGCAGGCCGUCGACCGCCGCGGGCGCCGAUCCAGGGCCGGCGGGGCUGAAGCGGUCGCCGUCCACUUUGUCCACUGCGUCCACCGCGUCCGGUUAUAGACCGAGGUCCUCGCCGGCCGGCCUCUACAGCUAUACCGGGCCGACCUCCAGGCCCACGCGGUCCACCUCGGGUCUCAGCGUGACGCGCGUGACAGACCCCGUCGGCGGCGGGACAGCGGUGGCGGUCGGCGGGACGGAGUACUCGAGGCGCCGGGCCGCCUCGGCGCCCGCCACGCCUGCGCUGUCCCCCGCCUCUUCGCCGCCCGGCUCCCCGCACAGGGCCCCCCACAGAAGGGGUUGCGCAUGGAUCAUACCCUCGGUGAAAUGGGAUUACGACACCUUG